AUGAAGAGGCCAGCCCUCUUGCUGCUCCAGAUGUAGAGGACGAUAUGCACCCUUGAAUAACAACUGGAUAAAGCCAGUCUGUGGGCUAGAUCAAAAUGACUCCACCUACAGAAAUUGAAGAUCACCUGCCGAUGUCAGUGGCAAAGAUUUUCGUCUGUCUGAUCCUGAGUUUUUCCUUUGUCCUUGGAAUCCCUGGAAAUUCUUUGGUCAUCUGGACCAUUUGUGGACGAAUGAAGAAGAAGCCUCCAACCGUUGUGCUCAUCCUACAACUGGCCGUGGCUGAUCUCCUGAUUCUUCUGACCCUGCCAAUCUGGAUCUAUUCUUUUGCCAACCAGUGGCUCUUUGGGAUCGGUGCCUGCAAAGGUCUGGUGUUUGUCAUUUACUGUAGCUUGUAUGCCAGCAUCUUCUUCAUCAUGUGUCUCAGUCUUGAGCGGUUCCUGGCUGUCGUUCAUCCCUUUGCUCUUCAGCGAUGGAAGAAGACGAUGGUCAUCCACCUGGUGGUGGUCAUGAUCUGGUUCUUCUCCAUCGUCCUUGGAUCAGCUAUCAUCCCAUUUCAGGCCAUCGAUGUCACUGUAGGGGACCUGCAAUGUACCACUCGUGAGUAUGCAACUAAAUCACAAGAGGUUAUCCACCUCUUGUCUGAAACUAUUUUGGGCUUCGUAGUUCCCUUCACCGUCAUCUGCACCUGCUACGUCUACGUGGGCAAAAGAAUUGGGGCCAUGGCUUGUCCAUCAAAACGACGCUCCACCAAGUUGAUUACCUCCGUAGUAGUGAUUUUUUGUCUGUGUUGGUUCCCCCACCACUUCUUCAACCUCAUAACAGUCAUCUCAGUUCUGCUGCAAGACUCAAAUUCAGAGACCGCUCAAACCUUGAAGACGAUUUCAGAGGCAGGAGCGUGGAUUGCAGGCGCAAUUAUUUUUAUUAGCAGUUGCAUCAACCCGCUCCUCUACGCUUUUGCUGCUAGGAACAUUCAAAGCAGUGCCAGGUUUACAAAGUUGUCCAAACUCUUCGAACAAGUGGCCCCUUCGGAGAGGCAGGGGUCCAACCUGGAAACACCUUCUCCAGAUGAAAAAGAGGAAAGUUUGACAAGCACAGAGAUUGUCUAGUGCCAGUGCCGGGAAAAGUGUCCUCAGCCUAUAGCGAGGACUUUUCCUAAAAUUUAAACACCGUU